ACCUCGAACUGCAAUCCUUCCAAUCUCAGCCUCCCAAGGAGCUAGGAUUAUAGGCAUGAGUCACUGAUACCUGCUUUAGCCAAGGAAUUUCAUCUAUCCGUCUGGUUAUUCAGGAGAAACUCACAUGUGUAAGCUCAAUUGAGCACUCUGGGACCUGUGCAGGUUGGAGUAGAGGGGUAACAGCAGGUCUGGGAGCAGGGAGCAGUUUCAAACUUCAAGAUCCUAUCUCAAAAAUACCUAACACAAAAAAAGGGCCGGUGGAGUGGCUCAGGUGGUAGAGUGCCUGCCUGGCAAGCAUGAGGCCCUGAGUUCAAACCCCAGUAUUGCCAAAAAAAGAAAAAAAAAAAUGAACUUUGUACCUUCUAGAAUCCCAAAUUUGCAUCCACAGCAAUACUUGUACCCAGGCCUGGCUUUCUCCGGAGUCAUGUUUCCGUGGAGUCAAGUGUUUCCUGUAUUGUCCUCACGUCUCAACUUAACUGCCCUUCCGAUUUCUGCUGCACUUUCAUCUCACUCAAUGGCAGUUUUCCACCAAGUCUUUACUGCUCCACCAGAGUGGCCUUAAUGUGGUAGACAUGAGAACACAGUGACCUCUUCCUUUGUAUCAGCCUCAUGGCAUAUGUGAAUCAAACUCACAUCUCAGAAAACUUGCCUACUUUGACGUAUCUUGAAACUUUGGGUCAUUUGUGAGUGGUCAGAAUUGUAAAUGUUAAAUCUUUGGAUGUUGAGGGUCUACCCAGGGAUGGCAGAUCUGUGGCAUGGAUACUGUUACUUCUUUAACUGCCCAGAGCAGACAUCCCUAAUCUAUUACAGCUGACUUACCUGCUGAGCCAAGGCUUGGGGUCUCCAAAUGGUUGAGGCAUCCACCACCAGUUGAGUGGAAUUGGCACCACAGCUGGAACCUGUUUGCCAUUUCUGGCCUUUUCUUGUUAUUGAAUGAGUGGGUUCUUGGUGGGAGACUGCUGCCCUUCAGAGAGGCCAUUGCUGAACAGAAUUCACCUUAGAAUGGCUUCAUAGCAAAGUGAUGACCUAAUAUUUUAUUUUCCUGCAGGAAUAUCCUGGGGCCAAGGUGUUUUCAGGAAAUAAAAAGAAACCAGAGUUUAAGAAGUGCAGCAUGGCCAGGGGCUGCCUCUGCUGUUUGAAGUACAUGCUGUUCCUCUUCAAUUUGAUAUUCUGGCUCUGUGGCUGUGGACUGCUUGGAGUGGGCAUAUGGCUGUCUGUGUCCCAAGGCAACUUUGCCACAUUCUCCCCCAGCUUUCCCUCGCUGUCUGCAGCCAACCUCGUCAUCGCCAUAGGCACCAUUGUCAUGGUGACGGGCUUCCUGGGCUGCCUGGGAGCCAUCAAGGAAAACAAGUGCCUGCUUCUCAGUUUUUUCAUCGUCCUGUUGACCAUCCUCCUGGCAGAGUUGAUCUUGCUCAUCCUCUUCUUUGUCUACAUGGACAAGGUGAAUGAGAAUGCCAAGCAGGACCUGAAGGAAGGGCUGCUGCUGUACAACACUGAGAACAACGUGGGGCUCAAGAAUGCCUGGAACAUCAUCCAGGCCGAGAUGCGAUGCUGUGGGGUCACCGACUACACAGACUGGUUCCCAGUGCUGGGGGAGAACACGGUUCCUGACCGCUGUUGCAUGGAGAACUCUCAGGGCUGUGGGCGCAACACCACCACCCCCUUGUGGAGAACGGGCUGCUAUGAAAAGGUGAAGAUGUGGUUUGACGACAACAAGCAUGUGCUCGGCACAGUGGGGAUGUGCAUUGUGAUCAUGCAGAUCUUGGGCAUGGCCUUCUCCAUGACCCUGUUCCAGCAUAUCCACCGGACAGGCAAGAAAUACGAUGCCUGAGUGGCUGGCAUGUGCUCGGCCCCACCUGGACACUGUGCGUGCGAGGGAAGAGGAGCUAAGCUUUGUGUCUCCAGCUGUCACCUGCCCCACCUCCCAGCCCACCCUUCCCUGCCUGCCCACCUCAACCUCAGACCUUGUGAAGGGUGAAAGCACAGCGGGGAGGCAGCAUGCAGAGACUGCUGGACACAGGCGCCUGGAUUUCUGCAUCUGCAUAUUUGCCAAAGACACCAGGGUGGGUGGGGCACUGAGGAAGAAGCCCCACAUUUCUGGGCUUCUGCCCCUGCCCUUUCUCACGCUGACAUUUGUCCCCAUGUGGGGCGGAGAGACUGCCCAUGGAAGCCACUGCCGUCCAUGGCACCCAGCUGGAGAGCCAGCCAGGGUGCCAUCUGACCACCGCCAGGCAAGGCCCCUGGAGCAUCCUGCCCAGGCUUUUUAUACCUUACAGUGUAACUUUUUUAUUUUAUUUUACUCAGAUUAUGGUUAUUCAGGAAUAUUAUCUCUCAGAUAAGUUUAGGGUUAGCUCUGAUUUAUAACUUUUUACUGUGUUGAUCUCCUUAAUGGUUUGAGUUUCCUUUUCCUGUGGGUAGGGAUGGGUGGGGAGAGAAGACAUCUACCAGUUUGCAUGAGGACAUACCAUCUUGUGACAAUUUUGAGGCUAUAGAGUGAGACGCGCCAGGCCUUUCCCCAGACACCCUGAGAGGGAGGAGGCAUGGUUGGGAUGUGGGGACCUGCCAGGCUUGGUAUUAGCAGAUAGGGGCAGGAAGAGACAAGUGGAAUGGAGAAGCCUGAUGCCAGUGUGGCAGAGCAUCCCGAACAGGGAUGAUGGUGUUGCUGCCCAAGCCAGGGAGUCCACGGCAUUGAGGGGGUCCUCGGGUCGGGGUGGGGCUGGAGAAGCACUUUCCUGGGAACACGGCUAUGCUGGCAGGGUCCUUGCACUUUUUACCCAUGAGCAGUUGGUGUUUUUCCCUCCUCUGUGGGCGGUGGCUUCUGGCCGCCCCAGGCGCAUCCCAUGUCUUGGUUACUCUCACACAUUCCUACUACAGACUCACACAUCUCUGGUUCACACUGCUCUCAUCUUUCCUUGCUUUGGGAGGGGAAGCACUCAUGUUCACUGCUCAGAGGGUGGCAGAGGACCCAAGACCAUCAGGAGGUGAGGUUGGAACAGGCACCCACAGCCGCUCCCUGCCCCACUGGGAGGUAGAGAAAGGGCCACGUGGGUCCUGAGCCUCCCUCCUUCCUGAGGUGCAUUGCUGUCAGUAGUGUUGUGGCCAUCACAUUCUGCAUGAUCCCAAGGAGACAAGAAACAGAAAAGACAGGACGCUAGGCUCAUCUGGCCACAGUAGUAUGUCUAGGGUGCCCAGAGCUGGGUGUGUGAGACAGGCAAGCAGGUGGGGUUUCAGUGGGAGCAGGACACUGAAACUGACGAUCACCUGCUGCUUUGCAAUAAAAGGUGAAGCUAAAGACCAGGAGACUGGGCUUGAAAAGGUCACCCGCUGGCCAGCUAGGGCUCGGUACACUCUACUGCAUGGGAAUUCGUGCGGGUGACUGGCUUCCCCACCCUGUUCAUCCCUUACCUUGAUCCCCCAGUGGGACCGGCCUUCAACCUCCACCAACCUGCCGCUCACAUCUUCCCUUUCUUCGGGUGGGGAAGCACUCAUGUGAGUGCUUAGAGAGGGCCUCCAGCCAGCUAGUAGCUCUACCAUCCGCCUUAAGUAGGUAUUCUUCAAGGACCAGGAGCACGGAGCUUUUGGUGUUCAGGUCUUGGGUUUGAGGGUUGGGGAUUAAGAGUCGGAUGGUCUCAGCAAGUUGGACAGAGCCCAGGCUGGUUCUCAGAGAUGGGAGUGUGGUGCUGAUGGGGAACACUGGGAAGGCAGGUUCUGGGGGAAGACGGGGCAAGAACAUUUGUGCAAAAUUACCCUCCCCUGUAUUCCUCUGGCCCAUCUUCCUGGUAAGGAGCAAUAGCCACCUCUCUGGAAACCCCAAAAUGUAGAGUGCAGGGCAUACCCAUGACUUCAGAGAAACACUCAGCAAACAAGUGUUGGAGUCACAAGGUGAGACCUGGUGCACAAUGAGU